AUUUGGUUACAUCGCACUCCCGAUAACAUCUUCCUAUUUACAUAAUACUCUUUUUGUCCUCACCUCCCCACUUGUCUUUGUAUAUAUAUAAUACCUGCACAGCUUAACUCCUCACAUAUAUCAGAAAACCACAACCCUACGUAGAUCCCUCGAGAGUUGAGGUAGCUGCAACGCCAACCAAUUGUAGUCCAGAACAAGAGCAGGACUCCGGGCAUACUGAAGCUUCUGUCAGUUAUAACAGCUGGUAGAGUGCAAACGGCAGAGCAAUAUGGAGAACGGAACUAACUCCGUCGCAGACGAGCCUCCGAGCUCCACUAGGAAGAUUAUCACCGUUGCCUCCAUAGCCGCCGGUAUCCAGUUCGGGUGGGCUCUGCAACUUUCACUUUUGACCCCUUACGUUCAGACCCUCGGGGUCCCGCACACAUGGGCUUCUUUCAUAUGGCUCUGUGGCCCAAUCUCCGGCCUCCUUGUCCAACCAAUUGUGGGGUAUAACAGUGACCGCUGCACCUCAAGCUUCGGCCGCCGCCGUCCCUUCAUCGCCGUCGGUGCACUCUUCGUCAUCCUCGCCGUCUUCCUAAUUGGAUUUGCCAAAGACAUUGGCUACCACGCUGGUGAUUCUCUGGAAAGGUCCACAAAGCCCAGGGCCGUGGCCAUUUUCGUAGUGGGCUUUUGGGUCCUUGAUGUGGCCAACAACAUGCUCCAAGGCCCAUGUCGGGCUCUCCUCGCCGAUCUCUCUGCAAACGAGCACACAAAGAUGCGGAAGGCGAACGGGUGGUUCUCUUUCUUCAUGGCGGUCGGAAACGUCUUAGGCUACGCCGCCGGCUCCUACUCGAAGCUCUACAAAGUCUUCCCCUUCACUAAAACAAAAGCCUGCGAUAUCUACUGCGCGAAUCUCAAAUCCUGCUUCUUAAUCGACAUUAUCAUCCUCUCGAUUGUCACCGUAACCGCCGUCACCACCGUGAUAGAGAAACCGUUAACCAAGGAAGCACCAGAGGAGGACGCCAAGACGGCGUCGGCCCCGUUCGUUGGCGAGAUCGUGACGGCGUUCAAGACAUUGAGAAAACCGAUGUGGAUCCUGCUCCUGGUGACCUGCCUGAACUGGAUCGCGUGGUUCCCGUUCUUUCUCUUCGACACCGACUGGAUGGGGACGGAGGUGUACGGCGGGAAAGUGAAAGGAAACCAUGCCGAAGCUAGGCUGUACGAAAAAGGAGUGCGCGCGGGUGCAUUGGGCUUGCUGAUUAACUCCAUCGUUUCGGGUUCAACUUCACUGGCGUUGGAGCCCGUGAGCCGCCUGAUGCGUGGGGUCACAAACUUAUGGGGCCUUGUGAACAUCAUUUUGUGCUUGUGUUUAGCAUCAACGGUUGUGGUUACAAAGAUGGCUGAGGCUUGGAGAUCUACCCAUGGACCUGACCACAUCCUACCUCCCCCCACGAACAUCAUGGGCUCUGCUUUGGCCCUCUUUGGGGUCUUGGGUGUUCCCCUUGCUGUAACAUUCAGUAUUCCUUUUGCUUUGGCAUCGAUCUAUUGCUCUUCAGCCGGUGGCGGUCAAGGGCUCUCUUUAGGAGUGCUAAAUAUGUCCAUUGUUAUUCCACAGAUGUUCGUUUCAGUAAUUAGUGGACCGUUGGAUGGUGCAUUUGGGGGUGGAAACUUGCCAGCCUUCGUGUUGGGCUCGAUUGCUGCAGCGUUAAGUGCCUUGAUGGCGAUUUUUGUUCUUCCAAAACCGCCUAAGCAAGUCUCUCUUGGUCCUGGAAUGGGUGGUGGGCACUGAGAGCCAAAGGCUCUGUCUCCUCUUACUUCCCUUGAUGAUGCAUGGAUGCCUUUAACCUUCCAUUGAACUUUCAAAACCAUUUAAUGUCUUUAAUUUUCAACUCUUCAGCUUUUGGUUUUCCCCCGUAAGGUUGAACUUGAAUGCAUUUAUCUGCAUUCUCUUUCAUAUGUCACUGUAUAUUGGAAACACUAUUGUACAUCAAUAAUGCAAGUCUUUCCCUUCUUUUGAUACGAGGUUAUUUCCUCAACUUGAAAUUAUUGAUCAAGUCUAGCUCAAGUUGCAGCUGUAGAGGGAAAAAAGGGUUCUCAACUCUGAACUUUGGCAUGCAUGUGCUGGACCUCUUGUUUCUCUACCUCCUGUUGGAAGUAGGGUUGUUUAUUUCUCACAGGGUCAUAGUGAACAAGUUAGUUUUUUUUGGAAUUUGAGGUUAGCUAGUUUGGUAAAUAAUUGAUUUUGAAGCACAUUUUGUUUAUUGUAGAUGGUAUGUGUAUCAACUUUGAAUUUUAUAUGAAGAAUGAAUUUUGAAUAUCUUU